GUAGUCGGCUGGUCAGGAACUGGCCAGGAGCGAACGUCUGUAGGAAUUUCCAAACUUUUUUGGGGGGGGCAGUUUUGUUAACAUUGUUUCGCCUCAUUUCCACUUCGAGCGAGGAGUAAACAGCGACUCGGUCUCGUCGGCGAUGAAGUGACCGCGACGGGACUGCGGAAAGGAAACAUGAGAGGGGGGAAAGUUGUGGAAAAUGCCUGCACGACUCCUCCAUCCCUCCCUCCAAACUUCUGCUAAGGCGGCUAAAGCUUCCAGUGUGCCAGUCUACAAGGAAGUGGAGGUUUACAUCCACUGCGACUAAAUAAAGAGUCCUGCAAUGAAGGUGACCGUCACGUUUGGGCAGACAGGUGUGGUGGUGCCCUGCAAGGAGGGAUGGACGGUGAGGGAUCUCAUCCAACAAGCCACACAGAGAUACAGAAAACUCCUGGAACAGGAAGGGGAAUUCCAUGUACGGACACACCAUGUUGAAUACUGUGAUGGGGGAAUUCUGGACCCUGACGACAUACUUAGUGAUCUCGUCGAGGACAAGGACAAGCUGAUGGCUGUGUAUGAGGAACAGGAAGCCCAGGAGAGGGACGCAGCCAACACAAGCCCCGCCCCCGCCCCCAACCCCGACCGCUACCAGUCUGAGCUGUCGGUCUUCCAGCCAAUCUCAGGGGGAGAGAUAGAAGUCAAUUCAUCCGCUCUCAAAUCAAACACCCCCCUGCUGGUGAGAAGCAGCAGCGAUUCAGCACUCGGAGCUCAGUCAGCAAAGUUCCACCCGUCCAGCCACGAAGAUGCCUCUGUGAUCGCAGCAGCUCCCACUGUUGAGAAACCUGAGGUCAAACAUGCUUUCAACGCCAGCUUGACAAGAACAGUGGAGAUCUUGGGAGGAGACUGUCCACUGGGCAUCCACGUGGUUCCCUACUGCUCAUCUCUCAGCGGACGGUCCCUCGGUUUGUACAUCCGUGGAGUAGAGGAAGACAGUCGCUCCAGUAAAGAAGGUUUGUUCCAAGAAGACGAGUGCAUCGUCAAGAUCAACAACACUGACCUCAUGGACAAGACAUUCAGCCAAUCUCAAGAAAUCUUUCGGCAGGCAAUGCACUCUGCGGUCGUUUCCGUGGAAGUGCUCCCCUCGUCCAACAGGGAGCACUUUGAAAAGAGCCUCAUAGGUCAGCUGUUUGGCAACAGCACGGGUCCUGACGUCAGUCCCCGAAUCCCCCGGACCAAAGAACCGCCCCCGCCUGUCAAAGCCAAACCUGUGUUCAGGCACCCGGAGAGAGUGGCCGAAAACGCCGCCACUUCGGAUGAUGCUAGCUCGAAAGGGAGGAGUGAGCAGUCACUUCCAGAGAAAAGUCCCACUCUGUCCAGCCUGAUGGUCAAUAAGACAGGAGGACGCAGAUUAAGAAUUGACCUCAAGAAAGGUUCGGAGGGUCUUGGAUUUACAGUCGUAACCAGAGAUUCAUCAGUCCACGGUCCUGGUCCAAUUCUUGUCAAAAACAUUCUUCCCCGCGGGGCCGCUAUUAAAGAUGGACGCCUGCAAUCCGGAGACCGCAUAUUAGAGGUAAAUGGCGUGGAUACAACCGGCGUCGGUCAGGAGGAGCUGGUGUGCAUGCUGCGCAGCACACGUCACGGGGAGAGUGUGUGUCUUGUGGUUCUACGGCAAGAAGAUAUAUUUCUGCCCCGCGAGAUGAGGGAGGAAUGGUCGCGCGAGUCGAGCCUAAUUUUGGAGAACGGGAAAGAACAGCUGAUGUUCGAGGUGGCCCUCAAUGACUCCGGCUCAGCAGGGCUGGGCGUCAGCCUCAAAGGAAACAAGUCGAGGGAAACCGGGGAGGACCUGGGAAUUUUCAUCAAAUCCAUUAUUCACGGCGGGGCUGCUUACAAGGAUGGACGUCUGUGUGUCAAUGACCAGCUGGUAGCGGUGAACGGCGCAUCCCUGCUCGGACAUUCCAACCACGUUGCCAUGGAGACACUCCGGCGUUCAAUGUCACAUGAGGGAAACGCAAGAGGGACCAUCCAACUUGUGGUGCUGAGACUUCUGAAGACACAACGUGGCGUUUCCCCAAAUUGCACAUUGGACCACCUCCCUACCGUGACUGAUCUCCUGAACCAGAGGAACAGUCAGACGACUGAUCAGCCAACCCCUCCUUCGGCCAACUGCUCCUUUCAUACACUCGAGGGAACAAAUACGUCUUCUCUCAUGGACGAGGAAACCGAGCAUGACACAGAAUCCAGAGGCUUUGCACAUUUCUCCUACCUCCAGGAAAGAGAAAGCCCGGCACACCAGUUUCCAUCCCAGUAUGGCAACCAGCAGCAGUUCCAGCAUGUCAAAGCCUCAAAGAGUAUGGACUUGGGCACGACCCCGGACCAAAACCAGACCGUUGCAGAUGAGAGCGCUGUAGCAUCCAUGGCUGCUCACACAUCAGAUCAAUCGAGCGCCGUCGGACUGGGGCCUUCCCUCGGCUUGAAGAAGUCCUGCUCGUUGGAGAGUCUGCAGACGGCCAUGUCCGAGGUCAGCAGGAAAAGCGAGCUCCUCCCUUUCCACCGUCCUCGUCCGAAUAUGAUCCGAGGGAGGGGUUGCAAUGAGAGCUUCAGGGCGGCGAUUGAUAAAUCCUACGAUGGACCGCCCCUAGAUGAUGACGACGCAUCGGAGCAGAGUUCAGGACGGGAGACGCCGGCCAGCAGCUCAUCCCGCCAAGGAGCGGGGGGGGACCCGACGGAGGAAAAGACAAAAGCAGACAAGAAAAAGAAAGUGAAAACAAAGAAGAAGGACAAGAACAAGGUCAAAGGGAAAGACAAAGAGAAGAAAAAACCGGAGGAGUCUGAGGAGACCGAGAAGAAGUCGAAGAAAAUAGGUUUCAGCCUGUUGAGAUUUGGAAAGAAGAAGGAGGCCAAGACAGCUUUGCAGUGUCAGAAGUCUGACAUUCGGAGUCAUCUGGAACUGGAAAGGAUGAAGGAAGAGCGGGAAAGAGUUGGAGCAACCAUGACGGAGCCGAGCGACGAAAGUGUCAGACCCUCAUAUGCGGAUGUGGAAGAUGAUGACGCGGACCCCAACUAUGCCCGAAUACAGUCCUUUAAGGACCGGGCCAGGGUUUCACCACCACAGCCUCAGUCACAUCACCACGGUAUCGUUCAGCAUGGCCCCGUCAGGACCCCUUCUCCUCAAGUCCCGUCCAACUUCCAGGGACAGACCAACCGUAGUCAUGACCCCGGAACCAUGACUGACGAAGACCACUUUGAUGACCUUUAUGCCAAGGUCAACAAACCGAAAGGAGCUGGGACGAAAUCAGCGGCCGUGUCUGCAUCGACCAACGACAGCAAUAUGGACAGAAUCCAGCAGCUAAGAAAAGAAUACCAACAGGCCAAGAGGGAGGGAAUGGUGCCCGCCUAUGAAGAACUGGACCCGCGGCGUAGAAGGCUUGACAAGGACAAGAUUGCGGGCAGAGGGACGGAUCAGCGGAUGGUGCCGCAGUAUGAAGAGGCUGAGCGUCAGUAUGCCUCUCUGCCAAGACGAGGUCCAUUGGAUCCAGCUGAGUACACCAUGCAUCCCUGGUCAGGUCAUUAUCUGGGGUCCCCACAAGGUUACCAGCAGGCCCCGUCCUACCCCAACCCCAACUCUCAGUCCCCUCCGUCCUUCCCCAGCUACCCCCCCGGCCAGCCCCGUUCACGGCCAGGGGACCCUCGGGGAGUUGACUCCGGUUUUUACCCCCACCCGAGCUCCCAGCAGAGAGGACCCUUGAGACAGGACGUGCCCCCGUCGCCUACCCCUCCGCUCCGGGGACUACGGUACGACACCAUGACCCGCGGCCCUCCUGGGGGCGGAGCCUACAGGCACCUGGUGGACAACGGUCCUGACCAGUACGGCUACAACGGCGAGGGCGGAAGACACCAAACCAACCCCAGACAGAAGAAUGCCAUGACUGCAGCUGUGUGAAGCCCCGCCCACAGGAAGUGAAACAAUCGGUUACAAUGACGAUACGCUGAGAAAGGAAUCGAACGUGGUACUGGUGGAACUCAAAUCAGCGUCGAUAUCAAAGAGAGGUUCAUUUGUGUCUUUAACUGAACUGUUUGUGUUGAAAAUUUUUUAACUGUUUUGUUAUAAUUUUUUUUACAUCAAAUUAUACUGACAAUUUCAUUGGAAAAACUGCGGCGUUUAAAAAAAAUGUACAUAAAAUUUUUAAGCAUUGAAUUUUUUUACACAAAACAUUUUUACACUUGUGUUUUUGACACUGACAUUUUUGUGUCUGAAUUUUGUCAACUCAAUUUUUUUUUACAUCAAAUGAUGUUGAAAAACUAUUUAGAAAAAUUCCAUUUCUCAAAAACUCAUUUUAUAAAAAUUCAGUGUCGAAACAAAUUUCAGCGUCAGAAAAAUAUAGUGUAUUAAAAAUUAGUAUGAACAUUUUAUUUGUGUAAAAAAAAAAAUGUGUGUAUAAAAAAUUCAGUGUAAAACAAUUCAGUGUCAAAAAAUGUGCUGCUUCAAAAAGUAAGACUUUUAUUUUGAAAAAAAAACAAAGCAGGUCACGUGACUUCAAACUUGACACCUCAUUGGCUGGUUCUGAAAAACACAGUUUUGUUUUUUUUACACUGAUUUUUUUUGCACUUUUUUUUACACCUGUGUCUUUACUACGAAAGCUUUUUUUGACAAAGUUUCUGUGUAAAUUAAAAAAUUUUGGGAUGAAAAUUCAGUGUAAAAAAAAUAUUUGCUGCUCCAAAAAUUGGUUUAUAAAACUACUGUGUAAAAAAAAUUCAGUAUAUAAAAAUGACUUGUGUAAAAAAAUUAGUGCAUCAAAAUUCAGUGUAUGAAAAACAAUCAGUGUAUAAAAUUGAGUGUAAAAGAAAAAUAGUGAAUACAAUUUUAGUGUAAAAAAAAAAUCAAUUUAUAUGAUUGUGUAAUAAAAACAGUGUAUAAAAAUUCAGUGUAAAAAUAUAUUUGCUGCUUCAGAAAGCAAGACUCGAAAUUUGGUUUAUGAAAAUUCGGUGUUAAUAAAUUCAGUGUAUAAAAAUACUUUGUAAAAAAAAAUUCAGUUUGUAAAAAUGGUUUGUAAAAAAAAAAUUCAGUGUAAAAAAAUUACUGCAUCAAAAUUCAGUGCAUGAAAAAUUUGUUGUAAAAAAAAAUUCAUUGUAAAAAAAAUUAGUGCAUCACAAUUCAGUGUAUGUAAAAUAAUCAGGCUAUAAGGUUGAGUGUAAAAAAACUGUGUAUAAAAAUGUAGUAAAAAAAAUCAGAGUAUAAGAUUGAGUGUAAAAAAAUCAGUGUAUGAAAAUGCUUCAAAAAGCAAGACUCACUUCCAGAAAAUAAGACUUAAGCAAUCGAACCUUUUUCAGAACCAGCCAAUGAGGUGUCAAGUUUGAAGUCAUGUGACUUGUUUUUUUUUUUUGAAGCAGCACAUUUUUCGACACUACAUUUUUUUUACACUGAAUUUUUUAUACACAUUUUUUUUUUACAUUUAAUUUUUAUACACUAUUUUUUUGGACACUGAAAUUUUUUGGGACACUGAAUUUCUAACCAGUGAAUGUUUUUCCAAAUACAUGUUUUGGCAUGAUUAAAAAAAAUAAAAUAAAAAGUUUUGUUACAUAAAUUUUGUGUCAAAAAAAGCUCUCCUAGUAAAGACACAAGUGUGGAAAAAAUGAGUAUAUAACGAAUUUCUUUAAAAAAAUGCAGUGUUCAAAAAUUUUGUGUAGAAAAAAAAAAUGUGUUUAUAAAAUUGAGUGCAAAAAAAAGUGUGUAUGAAAAUGCGGUGUUGAAAAAAUUCAGUGCUGAAAAAUGUGCUGCUUCCAAAAAUUAAGACUUAAAGAAUUUGUCUUUUUUCAGAACCAGCCAAUAAGGUGUCAAGUUUGAAGUCACAUGACUUGUUUUUUAAAAAAAUAAAAAUAAGAGCUUUGAUUUUUGAAGCAGCAAAUUUUUUCAUGCUAAAUUUUUAUACACACAUUUUUUUUUACACAAAAACGUUUCUUACACAAAUUUUUUUAUACACUACAUUUUUUGACACAAAAAUUUGUUUUGACACUGAAUUGUUAUACAAUGAGUUUUUGUACACUGAAUUUUAAAACAGUGAAUGUUUUUUCCAAAUACGUUUUCAACAGGAUUUGAUGUAAAAAAAAAAUCAGUUCACAAAAUUCAGACGCAAAAAUUUCAGCGUCAAAAAAAGCUCUUGUAGUAAAGACACGGUUGUAAAAAAAAUGCAGUUUAUAAAAAAUUCAAUGCAUAAACAUUUUGUGUAAAAAAAAAAAAUAGUGUAUAAAAUGUAGUGUUAAAAAAAUUCAAUGCUGAAAAAUUAAUUGCUGCAAAAAGCAA